GAGCUCGGCAACUUUUUAUCACUGACUGACUCCCUCCCAUCUUGGAUGAGACCGUCCUUCAUGACGUUUGUUUUUUUAAAAACAGGACGCCUCGGGUCUGCUGUGAGUCUCCUCAGAGCCUUUAACCGAGCAGGCUGUCAGCAGACGGAUCUUCUCUGCACUCAAACUGGUCCAACACUGAUGCUCCAGGUGAACCUUCAGGUGUAUUGAUCAUAUCAACCAUGGCACACAGUAAUCUGCGAUCAGCGACAUCCUCUGCUCUUGAUGAUGUCAACCUGGGACCUUCAGCAAACCCACAUGCCAGACCGACUGACUUUGACUUUUUGGCUGUCAUUGGAAAAGGGACCUUUGGAAAGGUCCUGCUAGCCAAGCUGAAAGCUGAUAACAAGUUCUACGCUGUCAAAGUUCUGCAGAAGAAAAUCAUCCUGAAGAAGAAAGAGCAAAAGAACAUCAUGGCUGAGAGAAACGUUCUGCUGAAGAGUCUGAAACAUCCGUUUCUGGUUCGGCUCCACUACUCCUUUCAGACUUCAGAGAAACUUUACUUUGUUCUCGACUAUGUCAACGGUGGAGAGUUGUUCUUCCACCUGCAGAGAGAAAGGUGUUUCUCUGAGCCCAGAGCGCGGUUCUAUGCAGCUGAAGUCGCGAGCGCGAUCGGCUACCUUCACUCUCUGAACAUUGUCUACAGGGAUCUGAAGCCAGAAAAUAUUCUUUUAGAUUCUCAGGGUCAUGUGGUGCUGACGGAUUUUGGACUCUGCAAAGAAGGCGUGGAACCCGAAGGAACAACCACAACUUUCUGUGGCACCCCAGAGUAUCUGGCACCAGAGGUUCUUCGUAAGGAACCAUAUGACAGGACGGUGGACUGGUGGUGUCUGGGAGCAGUUCUUUAUGAGAUGGUCUAUAGUCUGCCUCCCUUCUACAGCCGUGACGUUGGUGAAAUGUAUGACGGCAUCCUCCACAAGCCGCUAUUUCUGCCUCCGGGAAAGUCAGAGGCCAUCCGCUCUCUGCUCGUGGGUCUGCUGCAGAAAGACCCACACAGACGUCUCGGGUCCAUCGCUGAUUUUCUGGAAAUAAAGAAUCACACUUUUUUUUCUCCAAUCAACUGGGAUGACCUUUACCACAAGAGAAUUACUCCUCCUUACAACCCCAAUGUGCGAGGCCCUGCAGACACACAGAACAUUGAUCCCGAGUUCACCAGGGAAAUGGUUCCCAACUCAGUCAGUCAGACCCCAGACCUCACCGCCAGCUGCAGCUCCAGCAACGCCUUCAAUGGUUUCUCCUUUGUUGCUACGGAAGACAGCUUUCUGUGAGGCGCCGAGUCCCUGACUAUUAUCUCAUGCUAACGUGAAGCUUAUGUUGAAGUAGGGAGUCGUCAAUCCCUGGAGUUUGGACAAAUACUGCAGCUCCUCGUGACUCUGCCAGCAUCCCUCAGGGCGUGAAGCAGAGCAGGAGAAGGAGGGUGAUGGAGACAUUUAUAGUUAAGCACAUUGUGACCUGAUGUGACCUCUUCUUUUAGGACAUUUAGAUAAAAACAAAGUCGGCUAUUAAAGCAGAAUAUUGAAACUCCUUAUUAGGUUUAUUUUAUUUUAUUGUAGAAUUUUCUUAAAGACUUUAAAAUGUAAAAAAUGUAUUUCAAACAAUCUAUUUUGUCUAAUUGGUUAAUGCAUAUUAUAAUCUAGCUGUUCUAUUCAUUAUUGCUAGUCUGAACUAGAUUUGCAAAAGUCUCUAUGACCUUUUAUACACUCACUUUAUUUGAAAAAUAUAUUUAAAAGAAACAACAAAAUAGGAAAACAUGAUCUUCUUUACUAAAUUUAAAUGUGAGCAUUAUUCUACAUUUACUUUUAACUAUAUGACUUAUAGAAAAACAUCAGGAAAUCCAAAUUAGAUGCUCAUAUAUAACCACAAAUAAAAAACUAUCAACGUAAUAUAAAAUGUCAAAGGGGCAAAAUCAUAAAAGGCAGCAAUAGCUUAAGCUUUGCCUUUUACCCUUUUGGUUAUCCCAGAUAUUCUAUUGAAGAUGGCUUCGUUCACACUCAACUCUCAGGAGGUGCUAAAAGUAACUGUAAUCAAAAGUUAUCUAGAAGUCGUGUCGCAGUGGUUACUGCUUAUCACUAAAGUGGACUUUUGUUUGUUUUAGAAAUGUUUGAUGCUUUUUUUGUAUAUGCCAUGAUGUUAAAAUAAAAAAUACCCCAUGUACAGUUUCAGCCGGGACAUAUAUUUCUAUUAUAUAUUCUGUUUUAAUAAAUAAAAUACCAAAAGUUUCUGUUAAUAGAUGACUGUAAACAAGUAGAUUUGUUUGUUAUGUUGAGGAACAGUGUUGAAAUGAAGAAACUGUAUCUGACGAGUGAAUGUACAGGAAAUGACAAGUUGAUGUGUUUUGCUAAUAUGAUAACAUCAGUUGGAAAUGGAGUUAGAAAAUGGAUAUUGUAUCUUUUUGAAUUUUUUUUUUAAUUGCAAUUUUCCUAAAUAAAUGUGAAGUGAAAUUUUGA